AUGCGCAUCGCUAUCGUCGGCUCGGGCGUGUCUGGCCUCUCGGCCCUAUGGGUGCGCUCUCCCCUGUCCUCUCUCUCACACGCCGCAGCCUCAGCUCACACCGCACAGCUCCUCAAGCAGUACUCUGACCACGAGGUCAACAUCUACGAGAAGAACAGCUUUGCUGGCGGACAUGCUCACAGCGCCGAGUUCAGGCGCGAUGGCAAGGAGCCAUGCUUCGUCGACACCGGCUUUAUGUCCUUCCAUCCGCGUGGAUCCCCGAACCUCCUCCGUUUCUUCAAGCUCCUCGGCGUCCCGCUCGUCCAGACUGAUGCCUCGCUCAGCGUAUCGCGUCAAGGCCAGGUGCAGUGGGCCACUCGUCUUGGACGCGGGUUCCGCCUCACCAACAUCCUGAAUCCGCGAGACUACCUCCUCGAAGCCGACGAGGGCGAGACGCAGAUUACGCUCGAAGAGUAUCUCAACCGUGAGGGCUACUCGCGCGGUUUCUUUGACGAUUACCUUUUUCCCCUCAUUGCCGUCCUCCUUCUCGUCCCCGAUGACCAGACGGCGCUCAGCAUGCCCGCCGCGACGGUGAUCGCCACGCUCGCCGACCACAACAUGCUCAAGUGGAAGUCGCCUCACGGGUGGCUCAGCGUCGAGGGCGGCGCCAAGACGUACGUGGACGCUAUCGUCUCCACUGUCCCGCCCGAGAACCUCCACUUCAACACUGAGAUUGUCUCCAUCACGUCGGAGAGCUAUGGCGUCCGUCUUGUCGAGGCUAGCGGAGCCAACCAUAUCUACGACCACGUUAUCCUCGCGACGCCGUCGAACAAUUCCCUCGCGAUGCUGCGCCGUGGCGGCUGGGCAUCCCCGCUCGAAGAGACCGUCCUCGGCUCGACCAAGUGGACCCCGCUUGAAGCAGAGCUCCAUUGGGACGACAAGGUCGCCGGCUCCAAUGUCCCCAACGACGACCAUGUGGUCGGUGGAACCACUGCCACGGGCCGUACUGCUAUCACUGCCAUCAACUAUGACGCGCACCCAGCCCCGCCGCCGUACAACGACGAGGUCCAGGCGCGCACCGAGCAGGUGUCUGUCACCUUUGACAUGAACAAGAUCCAAGGUCUCAGCCUGGACAAGCACGGGCCUGUGCGCCUCACGCUCAACCCAUCGUGGCCCGCCGAGCCCACCGACAGCGAGCACCCGGAGCACCCGUCGCGUACCGGCGCCCAGCGCUGGGCGACCGAGUUCCCGCACCAGACGGCAACCACCAUCCCCAAGCUCCGCCACCUGCCCGAAAUCCAAUCGUACCGCCGCAUCAGCUACACGGGCUCUUGGGCUGGGUGCGGCCGCCACGAAGACGGCUUCGCUGCGGCCUACGCCCUCGUCACCGGCGGCCCCUUCAACGCCAACGCGCCCUUCGCCCUCGAGUACGCCGACGGCGCCGCCCUCCUGGGCCUCGCGGCGUUCAUGACCCAGGACUCUGGCGCCGACGCCGACGCCGACGCCGCGUCGCCCAACGGCUCUGCCGCCACCGAGUCUACCGCCCUCCUCGCGCCCUCGGCCGCCUCGGUCCCCAGGCGCAAGCUCAAGUCCAAGAAAUCAACCGGCAAGCUCGCCAUCGCCCUCAUGGACGCGACGCGCCGCUCGCUCGUCUCCCCGCUCUGGCCGCUGUUCACGUGGCCCGUCGUCCUGGCGCUGGCAAUUGCCGAACGUGUGAUGCGUCCGUUUCACCGCGGGGCCACGCUGGCCGAGCUCAAGCGCGGCUGGCAGGGCUGA